AUGCGCUGCAAAGCCCUCUUCAGCGCCGCCGCGUGGGUGGCUUUUGCCGCUUCCCAGGCCGUCACCGGCUGUGAUGCCAAGUGCCAGGCCGCCUGCGAUGCCGCCUGCCAGGCCGCCUUUGGCAACGCCCUGGCCAGGGAGAAGGCCAACUGGGCCACCCAGGAUUUCGAGCACGACCCCUUCUUCACCACGCCUGCCAAUGCCACGGGCGCCCGCCCCGGCGACAUCCUUCGCUGGCAGGAGAUCCCGGCCUCCGCCAUGAGGACCAACUUCACCGCCAUUCCGGGGGGCAUGUCCCUGACCCGCUUCAUGUACGUGACCGAGGACAUCGACCGGAAGCCCAUCCCGACCACCGCCUUCGCCCUGAUGCCGCUCUCGCGCCCGGACUCGGGUGUGUUCAAGUCCCUCGUCUGGACUCACGGCACCGCUGGCCGCUCCCGCCACUGCGCCCCGAGCAACCAGAAGAACCUCUACUACGGCUGGGGGGGCCCUCUGCUUCUGGCUGCGGGUGGCUACGCCGUCAUCGCUCCCGACUACUCGGGCCAAGGCAGCGACGUCCCCGGUGGCUUCCGCUACGAGGCCGGCCAUAUCCACGCCGCCGAUGUGGCCUACGCCCUGGUCGCGGCCCGCAAGGCAAGUUCACCCCUGUUUGUCAUGGGCACAUAUCUCUCAAAGGAGUGGGCUGUCAUUGGUCACAGCGAGGGAGGCAUGACAGCGUGGCGUACUAACCAGCGCCUCGCCAUGGCUGAGCAGGAGGCGCUCAAGGAAGCCGGCACCUUCGUCGGCGCCGUGUCCAUCGCCCCGGCCAUGACGCCCGUCGACCUGAUCCCCAAGUCCUUCAAGCUGGCUGGCGACAGGCCCAACGGCCCGGCGCAAAACGCCGUCUACAUGCUGCAGAGCCUGGCGGCCAUGUGGCCCGAGGACUUCAACCUGUCCAACAUCCUGACGGACCGCGCCCGCGCCAUCCUUCCGCUCCUGGACAGCGGCUGCCAGGACUCGGGCCAGGUCCUGCUCUCCAACAUGACCACCAAGGACGUCUUCAAGAGCACCGAGUGGACCAGCCACCCCAAGUUCCUAGAGUGGCAGCGCGUCUACAACGGCGUCGAUGAGCGGCCCCUGGCCGCGCCCAUGUUGGUGGUGCAGGGCGACAACGACCAGCUCACGUACCUCGAGGAGGCGCUGCAGAGCUUCAACCGCACCUGCAACGGCGCCGGCUCCCACGACGCCGAGAUGCGCAUCUACCCGGACCUCGGCCACGGCGGCGCCCUCGACGCCUCGCCCGACUACUACAUGCCCUGGAUCGCCGACCGCUUCGCCAACCGCCCCGUCGCCCAGAAGGGCUGCGUCGUCACCAAGCCCGUGCCCCUCAACUCGAGGUACCAGCGCGACACCCGCUAA